UUGGUGCAACGACACAAAACAAUCUAUAGAGCGGUUCUCUGUAUUACUAUCCAAACAGUGCAAGAUUGAUCCUGAACGAACCAGCCGACAUACAUGUAUGAAGUUUAGGGGCAGAAAUCAAGAUUAAGUAAGAGAUCAAGGUAAACACCUAGAUUCAAAUUGACCUAGGGGAUGGAUUCUCCCUUGAGGGUGGGCUUCAUUGGCGCAGGGAACAUGGCCUUUGGCAUAGCUAAGGGCAUGCUGUCAGGUGAUGUCCUUCCCUCAAAUGUUACAGUGAGUGCCCCAUCUCAAAGAAACUUUGGAUGCUUUCAGGAAUUGGGGGUUGCUGUCACUCAUUCUAAUGUCGAUCUGGUCAGAAGUUCUGAUGUUGUUUUUAUAGCAGUCAAACCACACUUUGUUCCAACUGUCCUCAAUGAGAUAUCACAACAUGUGACGCAGAAACACAUGAUUAUCUCUGUGGCAGCAGGUGUGACUAUCACAACACUUGAGGGGCUCUUACCUGCAGAAACGGUUGUCCUCAGGUUGAUGCCCAACCUACCCUGCCUUCUCCAGGAGGGGGCGAUGUUGUUCUCACGGGGCUCACAGGCACGACCAGAGGACGGGGCUAUGCUCAGCUCACUGUUGCAGCACUGUGGCCUGGUGGAGGAGGGCCCAGAGGCCUGGAUUGAUGUGCACACAGGUCUCAGCGGCAGUGGAGUGGCGUUUGUGUACCUGUUUGCAGAGGCGCUGGCUGAGGGCGCCGUGAAAAUGGGCAUGCCAAGUGCUCUAGCACACAGCAUUGCUGCUCAAACUAUACUGGGUGCUGGUCGGUUGUUAAAGGACUCUGGGAAGCAUCCGGCUCAGCUGCGUUCAGAAGUGUGUACCCCAGGAGGGACCACCAUCUUUGGACUUCAUGCCUUGGAGCAAGGUGGCCUGAGGGCUACAACGAUGAACGCCGUGGAGGCUGCUACUGAUAGGGCCCGGGAGCUUGGCAGGAAGUCAGCAGGAACAGGAGACAGGAAGUGAGGAUUCUCCGUUUUCCUCCCUGCCCAUAGCAUUCAUGUUGCUCAUUUGGGGAGGGGACUUUACCUGGCUAACAUCUCUUUGAAAAUACAAUGAAGAGACGUGGACACAGGACUUCAGAAUCGACAAGUCUUAUUUAACCAAAUGGCUGGUCUUUUGAAAUUGCUUGUGAUUCUAAACAUGUUCCCCUUCUAAGAUGAUCCACGAAUGUGAGCCAAAUGUUAUCAUGAAUGGGUUGUGAAAAGAUUGAUAAGAGUUGUGUAACUUGAGUUCUCAAGUGAUGGAGGAAGUUCUAAAUUAAAAUGUAUCCUGAAAGGAAUGUAUUACUGCUGUGAUCAAUUACAAGGGAACAUUUUAUAGGUGUUGGUCAGUCAUAAUGUGGAACCAAAAACAUGUCCAUAGUAUAUUCAGUAUUAUGUUAUUAAUAUUCCAUAUUUGACUGGAAUGGACACAAAUAUUCAUAUUAAUUGCUCAACAUUAAACUCAACUGAACUGUUGUGCAAUUGACAACAUUAGCCCAUAUGUCAAUGAAACUGUGAAUUCAUUUUUAUGGACUAAAAAAAUAUAACCUGGUUAUCUUUGUCCUAUUGUAACCAAAUAUCUCAAGGCUG